GAGGAGGAGGAUUAUGGCCAUGGAGAGUCCAGUCAGUCUGACUCAGCAGGUGCCGUGUGGUGGUCUGAUCCUUGCAGUUAAAGAAGAAGAUGGUGAAAGUGGAUGUGGGGAGCGGAGAGGCUCUGGCAAGGAGAGCAUAGUAGAAGAAUCCGCCCUCAGAGCAGAAUACCCCGUCUCUUCAGCUGAAGACAUCAAAACUGAACAGGUCCAGGAAGAGGAAGAUGAAUCACACUUGGCUCCAGUGUUCAGCUCUGAAGCUGCCUCAUCCACCCUGUCCCUUGCAGACCCCCUGCAUCUGGUCCAGUUAAGCAGGGUGCCCAUGAAGUUGGUGGACUGCUGCAGGACAGGACAGCAUGGGACAGAGAAGAACAGAGAAGGAGAACAGCAGAAGAGUCUGGACACUGGCAUACAGGACAUCGUCCCCUUGACUUCCUGCAGUCUGUCUGUUGUCCUGGAGCUGGACACUGGCGUACAGGACAUCGUCCCCUUGACUUCCUGCAGUCUGUCUGUUGUCCUGGAGCUGGACACUGGCGUACAGGACAUCGUCCCCUUGACCUCCUGCAGUCUGUCCGUUGUGCUUGGGUUGGACACUAGCGUACAGGACAUCGUCCCCUUGACCUCCUGCAGUCUGUCCGUUGUGCUUGGGUUGGACACUGUCAUGCUGAACGUCAUCCUCUGUUCUUCCUGCUGCCUCGGCACUGGGGGGAGCAAGAGCUCCGCUCAUCGUUCUGAUUCUGCAGGGAUGCAAACCUCAGUCAUAGCAGUCACAAGAGGAUCAAGUUAG